CAUCCUAGAAUAAAGUUUUAUUCAACGAGUCGGUUUUAAUUAGCUGCAUCAAUGUCUUUUUCUUGCGAUUACACACUGGAUUGCCUGAAGAGAGACCGUCCGUCCAUCACAAGAGAAGAAGACUUGUUGAAAAUAAAUAAAACACAAACAAGAUUAAGUUUCAAAAUGAUGACCACCAGAGAGCGAUGGCGAGUUUGCAAGCACAUUGGCAUCGUGUUCUUCUUGGCUAUAGUGACACUUACCGUUGUCCAGAGAGGAAACGUCAACUCAUUACAAGACAUACAGACAGAGAGCAUUGAAAGACAGACACGAAUGGAGCUCAUGGCAGAAGACAGUCUGCAGAAAAGGGGCCGCCUUUCCCCCCCGACUAACUUUUGGAAGAAUAAGGUGCAAAAAGUGGAGGCCACAACAGAAGAUCCCAGAAUCGCCCAAAGCCAAGGGCCCACAACCUGGGAUAUCACCAGUUCAAACUGCAGAGCCAACCUCAACUUCUCUUCUUCAGAGUGGUUCACAGGACUGGAACCCAAUUUCAAGCAAUUCCUGCUCUACAGGCACUGCAGAUACUUCCCUAUCCUUAUCAAUCAUCCAGAAAAGUGUGCUGGGGAUAUCGAGUUGUUGAUGGUCAUCAAAUCGGUAAUAACGCAAUACGAUCGAAGGGAGCUUAUUAGGAGAACUUGGGGCAAAGAGCAGGUGUUUAACGGCAAAAGAAUCAAGACCAUUUUCCUUCUUGGGACAUCUUCUAAUGACGAUGAAAGGGCGAACCACCAGAAGCUUCUGGAAUAUGAAGAUUACAUUUAUGGAGACAUCCUACAAUGGGACUUCAUGGAUAGCUUCUUCAACCUCACCCUCAAGGAGAUCCACUUCCUGAAAUGGUUCGCCACCUACUGCGGCAACACCCAAUACAUCUUCAAAGGAGAUGACGAUGUGUUUGUCAGCGUUCCCAACAUCUUUGAAUACCUGGAAGACAGACAAGACUUGAGCAAACUCUUUGUUGGCGAUGUUCUCUUAAAAGCCAAGCCCAUUCGCAAAAAGAUCAAUAAGUACUAUAUUCCGCAUGCCUUGUAUAAUAAGACCCACUACCCACCGUAUGCUGGUGGAGGCGGUUUCUUGAUGGGCGGCCCUCUUGCACGUAAACUCUAUGGAGCGUGUGAAACUCUGGAACUCUAUCCCAUUGACGAUGUGUUCCUUGGGAUGUGUCUGGAGGUGCUUGCAGUGCCCCCAAUAAAACAUGAGGCAUUCAAAACAUUUGGACUGGUCAAGAAUAAAGCCAGUAAGCUGAAUUGGGAGCCAUGCUUUUAUAAAAGCUUGAUAGUGGUACAUAAACUGCUCCCACCUGAUCUCAAAAGAAUGUGGGAACUGGUCAAUAGUGAUUUGGUCUGUUCGCAAAAAAUUGACUUUUUAUAGCCCAAGACUAAGUCUCGGUGUUCAUGAAAAUUUGAAGGAACUAAAAUAAAGUAUGUGUAAGAAGAAUUUUGAGGUUACUCAAAUGCAAAGUACUCCUUUUUUGAGGAGGUUUCCGGACUAUAUUUUAACCUUAUUUAUGUAUCAAACAAGAUAAAUGUAAUUUGGAUAAUGUGAACAAUGGUUCUGAUUCGCAAGUUUUGAAUUUCUGUUAGUUAGUAAUAGUUCUUUCAAAACAGUCUUGUAAAUUGUCACAGAAUUUACUCAAAAGUGAUUUUACACAGUGUUGGAAUUGUGUCAGAGCUCUUGGGGGGUGCCAUUAUGCUGCGUUCACAUUUUGUUGGAAUUACUGAAGUUUGGAGAUUCUACUUGGAGCUGUUCAUGUCCUCGGGAAGUUAUGUGUUUCAAUGUGACACUCAUAAUGCCAAAACGGCUUUGUUGUUGAUAACAGCGAAAUAUCAAUAGGCAUCAAUGGCAUAAUAAAAUUUAAUUUCAAGAGUUUACAUCUUGUAUUUACAUGUUCUAGGAAGAUGUGAAUGUUUUUGCAUGUUGGAAUCUCUGAAUUAUGGUAAUUACAGUAAUUAUGACAUAACGUGAAUGCACCAUUAAAGGAAUAGUUCACUCAAAAAUUUUAAUUCUCUUAUUAUUUACUCACCCUCAUGCCAUUUGCUGAACACAAACAAAGAUUUUUAGAAGAAUUUCUCAGCUCUGUAGGUCCAUACAUUGCAAGUGAAUGGGUGAAGCUCCAAAAUCCACACAAGGGCAAAAUAAAAGUACUCCCGACAUCUCCAGUGGUAAAAUCAAUGUCUACUGAAGCAAUAUGAUAGGUGUUGGUGAGAAACAGAUCGAUAUUUAAGUAUUUUUUUUACUAUAAACUCUCCUCCCUGCUUAGACAAUCUCCACUUCAGUUUCACUUUCCCAUUAUUCUUCUGUUUUUGGUGAUUAAUGCAUAUCAUCCCCUAAUGGUCAGGGAAGAGAAUUUAUGAUAAAAUGACUUUAAUAUUGGUCUACUUCUCACCUACACGUAUCAAAUCCUAUCUGAACACAUGGAUUUAACCACUGGAGUCAUAUGGAUUACUUUUAUGCUCCCUUAAUGUGAAUUUUGGAGCUUCAAAAUUUUGGCUUCCAUUGUGAGGACCUACAGAGCUGAAAUAUUCUUCUAAAAAUCUUUAUUUCUGUUCAGCAGAAGAAGGAAAUUCAUACACAUCUGGGAUGCCAGGAGGGUGAGUAAAUCAUGAGAAUUUUCAUUUUUGGGCAAAAUAUCCCUUUAAAUAAGGACCACUCUGCCAAUAUAAGUCUGUCGGCAUCUGUAAAUUUAGACGGAAACAGUGCAUAAAAUGUACUGACAAAAAAAAAAUCUUAUUUGGAUUACUGUGACAGAUAAUGGACAAUGUUAUGUUGUAUCAGACACUUAACCACCCCCCCCCAAACACAACCCCUCCUCAGUUCAAACACUGGAUUUGCAUACAAUUCACUUCAAAAUGUAUUUUGCUUGCGUUUCAUUAAUGUGGUCCAAUAUGUGCAAUUGCUUAAAGGGUUUGUGGAAUUCAUUUGAACUUUUCAAAGGACUUUAAGGCUACAAAACCCCCAAAAGCAUGAAGUCAUGUGUCAGAAGUGUCAAAAGUAUGUGAUUGUCCCAAAUAGUAGGAAGCACAUUCUCUACCUCACCAAUUUACUUUUAGCUGCCACUCUUUGGAUUAAUGUUAUCUUACAAUGUGUUUAUAUUACUGCUGAAAUUACAUCACAUUAUGUCAUUUACAUAUAUUUAAAUGAUUGGAACUCUUUACUGGCUUGUCUUGUGAAUUAUACAAAUGAUUUGAUUUUCUCAUAGAUUUCAGAUGCCUUUGGUAGAGGGUUUACUUUAAAACUGUGAAACAAAAAACUGUUGGUACAUGUAAAUGACGAAUUAAUUUAUGAAAUUCCUCCUUGGUUCGGAAAGGUGUAGGAUAUUUAAUUGAACUUCAAGGUUACGUAAAACAUGGACAUUUGUAAUCCAGACUACGUGGUGUGAUUGUGUAAAAACCAAAAGGACUGGAAUGAGCAAAUUGAGGUGAAAAUGUAUUAGUAUUUGUAAAUAAAAAUUCCUUA